AAUCCAAUAUGGCUAUCAAUACCAUAACCUCCUCCAUUUUCCUCCUGUUGUGUUUAUUUCCUGUUUGUUCUUUCGUAUGCCAGGGAUAUGCACUUGAAGAAGGAAAAGACACAGCAGAUACCCCUCAUCGUUAUCGUCCGCAUAUCGUCAAAAUCAGCUCUCUUCUUGCAUCAAAUGUUUGCAAUCCCAUCACUGAAGCUCCGCAUCACAAGAAGGCUACAUUGAAAGUGGUACACAAACAUGGACCAUGCUCUCAUCUAAACCAACUUGGAGAUCAGAAAAUGAGUGCAAGUGAUGAAAUCAAGCUCCUUGAGCAAGAUCAACUUCGAGUGAACUCAAUCCACUCCCAGCUGUCAAAAAGGUCCGGCGAUCCCGGUUUCCGAGGCCCGAAGUCGACUAAGAGUGCCAUUCCGGUAAGAUCUGGUCAGACCAUAGGCUCCGGCAAUUACAUCGUCACUGUGGGUUUAGGCACUCCAAAGAAACAACUCUCGCUAGUACUUGACACUGGAAGCGCUCUCAGUUGGACUCAGUGCGAACCGUGUGUGCGCUACUGCUACGCACAAAAGGAACCGAUUUUCAAACCCUUGGAAUCUACUUCCUAUGCCAACGUUAGCUGUGCCUCCGAACUGUGCAAUGCUCUAGAAUCAACCACAG